GCCCGGACGGAGAGGUGAGCUGGCGGCCGGGGCCGCGGAACCUCAGCGCGCUGGAGAGAGGGUGACCUGACCCGUGGGAUGGAUGGGCCGGACUGGAAGGCUUUAGCUGUCAAACAGAAGAGUGUUUGUCUCUGAUCCCGUGGCCGGAGGGAGGCGGCCCCGGUCCGGUCCGGCCGCCAAGAUGCAGAAGCGCGUCCGGUUCGGUCCCCCGCGCGGGGGACAAUGGACCCCGCUCUCGCCCUCCACCCAACAAAGCCCAAGCGUCCCGUGGCGUCACCGGCCCGGCGGCCCUUUUUUCCCUUCUUGCAAGGAGGCUGCGAUGGAGGCCGGGAGGCUGAAGUCCGUCGGGGGGAGGGGGCGGGGGAGGGUCACCAAUGCUGGGCGCACUCUCCGCACCUCGCAGGGGACUUUCGAUUUCACUUUCCCGGCCUCACCGGCUCCGGGUCUCACCUCCUCGCCAGCCCCGGGGCUGUCAUGCUCCGCUGAGCCCCGCCGGCCGCCCGGCCCCCCUCUCCGACCCUGGCUCCGCCUCUUCCCUCCUUCCUCUCAGUGUGUGUCUCCCCCCACUCCCGCCCCCCAAGCCCGCUGCCCCAGGCACCUCCCGGGCGGCCCAGACGCAGAGCGGGGAGAGCCGGGAGCCGCGACAGCAUGGCGGGAAAGGACCUGGAGAAGUGCCAGCGGCAGGCAGAUGAAGUGACUGAAAUCAUGCUGAACAACUUUGAACGAGUUCUGGAGCGGGACGGCAAACUAGCAGAACUGGAGCAGCGAUCCGACCAGCUCCUCGAUAUGAGCUCCGCCUUCAGCAAGACCACCAAGGCGCUGGCCCAGGAUAGACGCUGGAAGAACAAGCGGUGGCAAGUGAUCCUGGGCCUGGUCGUUGGUGGUUUACUCUUAGUCCUUCUCAUCGUGCUGCUAGUGGUCUUCAUUCCCCGGAAGUGAGCCUUGGCCGUGGGCUAGGGGGAUCCCUCCACGGCUAGGAGAGUGAGCGAGAACUCUGGGGGAGAGGGACCGAGCCCACCCUCCCCACUGCGCCCCACCAGCUGCCAGGGCCCUGAGAACCACAGAGAGUGAUGGAGUUGGAAAAACUCCAGGGACUUUUCCUGGGUGGACUUGACUCCGCCAAGUGCAUGUUAUUAGACACUGAUUCCUGUAGCCCUGCCGGCCCCGAACCCUACGGGGUCCAAGCUAUCUUGCCCCACUGCGGGACCUUAGUAAAUAGCUCAGUAAAUACCACUCUUGGACAAACAGCCUGGUUUCUGUGCAAAAGGGUCAGAGCAGUUUCUCUUCUUGUUCCCCCCACCCCAGGGUGGGCCAUGCCCUCUUUAGGAAGUCCACUGCCUCCAAGCCCACGUGCCCAGGGAGAGACAUGUUGUCUCUCCAACUUAGAUGGCGUUCCUAGAGAAUGUCCAGGUGGAGAGAGUGCUGGGCCUGGGGUCAGGGAGUCCCGCCUUCAACAGCUGUGUGACCCCUCUGCCUGCCUCAGUUUUUUCAAAUAUAAAAUGGGGAGAAAAUCGCACCUACCUCCUAAGAUUGUUAUGAGGUUCGAAUGAGAUAAAAUUUACCAAAAGUACUUAGCUCAGGGCUGGCACAUAGUAGGCCCCCUAUGCGUACUUAUUCUCUUCCCUGCAAGGCAAUAAAGAGAGACAAAAUUUGAAUACAAGCCCUUGGACUCCUGAGUCAGCCUCUUCUCACUGUACAGCCCUGCUUCCCUGAAGCAAAAGGUGACACUAAAGGCCUUUUAAAAAAUGCAAAUUGUAAGCUGUUUCACAGAUGUGAGGAGGUGAGAGAGAUACCUGCCACUUACCCGCUGCCAGGGGGAGGAAGAAGCGGCUGAAUUGCUGGAGUUGGGGAUUCUGAGUCAUGUAGGGCUAAUAUGCAACUAAUGGUCCAUCCAGACCAAUGUGGAGAUCUCUGCCAUUUGUGAGCUCCCCUGAGCUGCCCAGGAGGGAUUCAUCUGGCUCAGGUCAGAAAUGGCCAUAUUGGUCAGUGAAGGGGUCAGCCAGUGAGCUGCCACUGCCUGGGGGAGACAGAGAAAGCACAUCUCAAAAAACAACCAAACAAAACAUCCUUAUUAUUAAAUACUCUCAUCACACAGAUUUCCCCCCUCUCUCCUUUCUAAUUCCUCAGAAAGAAGUGAACUGAAGGGAAGGGGCCCUAUUUCCUCUGACAGCGGCUGAGAGGAGGUGAAUGGGGCUGAAUGCCUAAUCUAAGGCUGCCCUGAGAGCUUCUGGGUAAUGAGCUGGAGUGCGGGAGAAGGCCCAAGGCCCAGGAUCAGCUUCCUUAUUAGAGAUCCAGGGCCCGGGGACUGAGUUCCCAGCCACGGGGUAUGGAAAGCUUGACCUUUCCUCUGAUUUGGCCAACGCAACCAGAACAUUAGCUCCCAAGUGACCUUUCAAGGGUUACUCGGAUUCCCACCAAAUUCUGGGAGAACCCACCAACCAGGACAAAGCAUAACCAGAGGGCAGAGAAAAAAAUGAAAAAUUUUCCAUUCAGUGGGAAUGAAGAAUGCAUUAGAAAGUAGAUGGCAUAAGACUGUUGACCCCUUGCUUUGCUUGGGGCUCCUUAGUGACAAUUCAUUUUUGGGGGGAUGGAUAUUGGGUAGAUGAUUGGAGAAGCAAGUAGCCAAGCUGACAAUGCCAGGGACACCAAAGAACAGCCAGCCUGGUCUUUAUGCAGAUCAACAAUUAACUGAAGAUGGUGUAUUGGGAAUAGCAAUGAAUUUGGAGCUAGAAUCCCUGGGUCCAAAGCCCAUAUCUUAACUCUCCUCCUUGUUACCAGUCCAAAAUUGGGAAAGAAAAUUCCCCUUGUGAGUCUCAUCUUCCUUAUCUGUCUGUAGCAGGGAGUGUAACCCUGGGAUCACUCUGACAAGCAAGCAUUACGUUUUAAGUUUUAACCUAAAGUUCCAAACCCCUUUGAAUCAUCAUGUUCUGUAGCCCACACCCACUAGAAACUGCUCUCUUUAGAGCUAGCGUUUUGCUGUCAAACCUAAACAUUUUGCAUGCAAUAGGGAACAAGAUGAUAUAAAGAAAGGGGGAGAAAGCAGUCUCAAAACCAGUAUCCCCUUCAGAUUUUAAGCACAACUCCAACCUUAGUCCUGAGGGGCUGUAGCUGUUCCUAAGUAAUUCUUGUCAGUCACAACAGGUCUAUGGUCCUGGACCUGUGAUUUCACUGGGCACUCCCUGAUGAGGAAAAUCCCUUUCCCCAUGUGAGUAAUACUUUCUUUGUAAUUUCUGGUCUCAGAAUGUGGCCUAGGGCACUUGUCCAGGGUUAUAAGUAGCUGAUAUGGGUCCGAUUUGGGGCUUGAAUUGAGAUCCUCCUAGCUAAAUGUUCUCUCUCUACGCCGCAGUGCCGGGGAUAUUUGUAAUACACAUUUUUUGGCGUUUCAUUCAGUAUUAGAAGUCCCAGAGUGGAAAAGACCUCUAACAAUGCAGGCUAGACUAGCCUGCCAUUUGUCUUUAGUUUAUAUUCUUAAAAGAUCUGUCUGGAGCCCUGAAAAGUUAGAUAUCAUGCCUGGAAUCAAAUAGGAUAUGUCCGGCACAGGACUUGAAUCUACGCCUUCUUUACUACUCUAAAUUCAUUAUGACACAGCGCCUCUAAUUAUCCAAUAAUAGAAUUCGUAAAUUAGCAUGUUCAGGGGUAGUAGGUACAUGGCAGAUAAAGCACCAGCCCUGGAGUCAGGAGGAUCUGAGUCCAAAUCCAGCCUCAGACACUAGCUGUGUGACCCCGGGCAAGUCACUUAACCCUAAUUGCCUCCAAAAGCAAAAAAAUAAAAUAAAACAAAAUAGCAUGUACCAUAUACCAGUAGAUCUGAGCUCUCUCACAGAGUUUCCUCCCAAUUGGGUAGUCUAUAACUCAUCCAUGCCUUCCCAUGUUUUUUUUGAAUGUUAUAAGGUUGUUCUUUCCAUUUCAGUUGGAAAUUGUCAUUAUGUAUAUUACUGUUUUCCUAGUUUUCUAGUAUAUUUUGUUUUCUUAGUUCUGCUUGCUUUCCUCUGCAUCAGUUCAUAAAAAUCUUCCUACACUUCUCUGAAUCCCUCACAUUUCCAAUUCCUUAUGGCACGAUAAUAUUCAUAUAUCAUAAUUUUAAAAUCUCUUUCACAGGCAUUGGAUGUCUAUUUUCAGUUCUUGAUCUUGCACAGAAUGUUGCUAUGAAUAUUUUGGUGUACAUCCUUUUCCUCUUUGAGUUUUUUGAUGAUAGAAUCUCUGCUUUCAUGUAGACAUUUGAAUCAUUUUGUAAUCAUAGUGCUAAAUUGCUUUCCAGAAUGAUUAAAUCAAUUCACAGCUCCAUCACCAGCACGUCAGUGUUCUAGUCUUUCUAAAACACCUUCAACAUCAUCUUUUCCUCUCUUUUGUCAUCUUUGACAUCAUCAUAUCAUCUAAACAUGAAGUGAACCCUCAGAGUUGUUUGGUUUUGCAUUUAUUUAGUGUCUAAUGAUUUGGAAUUUUCUUUUCAUUUGGUUAAUAGCUUUCAAUUCUUUUGAGAGCUAUCUCUUCAUAUCCUCUGAUAUGUAUUGAAAAUUGGCCCUUCUAUAUCUUUAUUAGUUCUCUAUUUAUCUUAAUUAUCAGAUCAGAUGUCAAAGAUAUGAGGCAAAGCUUUUUCUCCCGAUUGAUCACUUUUUUUCUUAUGUUAGUUACAUUGAUUUUAUUAUUGCAAAAUCAAAUUUUGUUUUUUAGAGGCUGUGGUUAUUAUACAUUAAUGAGAGACUGUUGGCUCUGAACAGAAAGACCUUUGUUUCACAGGGGCUUGGAGUCUUUGAAAGAGCUUUACAAUAUGCUACACAUACAGGUAUAAUCCAUGUUAGAAAGUUAUUAUCAAGUAGGAACAUAUACAGAAAUAGAAUACAUCGACUACAAAUCAAGAACACAGUAUAUGUCUCAUAAUACAUGUAUCGAAGCUACAUGCAAUGAAUUGGUAAUUAGCUCAUAUGCAAUGACAGAAUGCUCAAUCUUUCAAAGGGGAUAGUUCAAUGGUCCACUCUCUUUGUGGGUAACAUUUAUAUAUGGAUUACUAUGAAAAGUGCAAAGCACUUUACAGUUAUUAUUUCAUUAUAUCCUGGAAGGAUAAUAAUAGGGUUAAUGUCUCCAUUUUACAGAUGAGGAAACUGAGGCAAACAAGAUUAAGUGAUUUUCCCAAAGUCACACAACUAGUCUGAGGUCAGAUUUGAAAGACUAGGUACAGAGCUCUAUCUACAAUAUCACCCAUCAUAUUCUUUAGACAGAAAGUGUGGUAUAGUAGCAAUUGUGCUGAACCCGGAAACUUAGGUUCACAUCUCACUUCUGAUACUUCUGACCUGUUUAACCCUGGACUAGUCACUUAAUCUGUCAGAGACCCAAUUUCCAUAUUUGUACAAUCUGAGCUCCCUUCUCCGUGGCAGGCUGCCACAGCGCAUACAGUGCUGGACAUGGCACCAAGAAGGCCUGAAUUUGCAUCCUGCCUCCCCUACUUUGUAGCCAGGGAAACCUGGGCAAAGCAUUGGACCUCUGAUGGCCUUAGUUUCUACUCUACAAAAAGGGGACAGGAAAGCCCUGUCUCUCUGAGCUCUCCAUAUCAAAGGGGACAUAUAUGCAAGUUACUCAGCAUAGCCCGAGAGCGCUGUCCAAAUACUAGUUGCUACCAUGACUAUCCUCUGCUCUUACGUUUUCCUCGGACACCGAGCGUUCCUAGCAGGACUCUUCCUCUCGGAUGGAGCUUCUGAUGGAGAACUCUAAUAGUGGAUAUUUUCUUGUCUCUCUCUAUGUUCUUCUGCUAUAGGGAUUUAACCAAGUAAUUCACCAGUUCUGUGCAUAUAUGCUGUCUCCACCUUUUAAGGAUCUGAAGAUUGAAUCAAUAAAUUGGGGGCAUGUCAGGGGUAUUUUUCAUUUCUGCAAAAGCACCAAAGGGAAAAGAGAGGUGGUUGGGCAGAUGUAACCAUGUGUCUCCCAGGGAUGUAAACUGGAAGAGUUCUUCAGAGAGCAGUUUCUGCUGAAGCCACCAGGUGGCCUUUGAACAGCCAGCCCUGGUCUCCUUCACACAUGAGCAAAUGUAGACUAAGCAGCCUGUCUUUGUGUACGAGAUUUCUUUGCUAAUUUGCUAGUGCCUGCCCAGGUGACCUUUGGUUUGUCCCAUGACUGAAAAUGUAAAGAUAAUCAUACAGUGUUGCAUAAAUUCAUCCAAAACACCUCAGGUACCUGCAGCCUACGAUUCUUCUUCCCAAUUUUGGGUGGACAUAACUACCGAACAAGUCACUUAACCUCUGUCUUCAUUUGUAACCUUCAUCUGGAAAAGGGGAUACUAACAACACCUCCCCAGGAUUGCUGUGAGAGAAAAUAAUAAAUGAGAUAAUAUCUGUAAAGUUCUUAGCAUCUUGCCUACCACGUAAUAGAUGGUUAAUAAAUGUUUGCUUCCUUCUCAAAUAAUGUACUCUUACAUGUUAAAUUAUAUUGGCUGAA